AUGGCUUUGUACACAGAUCCAAAUUGGAAACCAGCUGUUAAUUAUGAAGAACUUGCAAUCAAAGGUUGGAAUCAUGGAAUUGCUGAAAUAAAUGGUGAAAAUCUUGCUUUUAAGAUUGAAGAUAAAUUAGCUUUUGAGUUUCCAUUAAAUAGUGUAUCAAAUUGUACUGGACAAAAAAAUGAAGCUACAUUAGAAUUUCAUAGUAACGAAGAUGCACCAAUAAAUCUAGUUGAAAUGAGAUUCCAUAUGCCUCAAGAUGUUAAUGCUGAGGAGGAAAUUGAUAGAGUAGAAGAGUUCAAGAAAGCUGUUAUGGAAUAUGCUGGUAUUGUCACUGAAACUGAUCUUCCAUUAGCUUACUUCUCUCAACUUUUAUGUGCUACACCUAGGGGUCGUUAUGACGUUAAAGUUUUUCCAACACAUUUAUCAUUUCAUGGAAAGACAUAUGAUUAUAAAAUUAAUUAUCGUUCUGUAGAUAGAAUGUUUUUGUUAUCACAUAAGGAUGGUAGACAUGUUUUUUUUGUCUUAUCAAUUAAUCCACCAAUUCGUCAAGGUCAAACCAGAUAUCCCUUUAUUGUUUUUGAAUUUUCAAAAGAGGAUAUUGUUGAAUUUGAUGUAAACAUGUCACCUGAAUUAUUGGAAAAAACAUAUGGUGGAAAAAUAGCCUCCCAUCACUCAGGACCAGUUCAUGAAGUUUUUUCAAAAUUUCUAAGGAUUUUAACAAACAAAAAAGUUACUGUUACUGGGACAUUUGUUAGUAAACAAGGAAAUCAAUCAAUUGAUUGUGCCUUUAAACAGGCUGCAGGAUUUCUUUUUCCACUGGAAAAAGGAUUUGUUUAUGUUCAUAAACCACCAAUGUACAUUCGUUUUGAAGAUAUCUUAUCAAUUAAUUUUGAAAGGAGUGAUCUUACCACUAGAACUUUUGACUUUGAAAUUGAUCUCAAGAAUGGACAAACUGUAACAUUCAAUAGUAUAGAUAAGGAUGAAAACAAUCACCUCAUUGAUUAUGUUCGUAGCAAGGGAUUAAAUGUUCGUAAUGCUAGAAAGACACAAGAUAUUAAAGGAAGAAAUGGUGGAGAUGACUUUGAUCCUUAUCGUGAAGCUUUGAAGAAGGAUGCCGUUAGUGAUGAUGAUGAAGAUGAGAGUGAAGAUGAAGAUUAUGAUGUUGAAAAGGAUGAGAAGAAACUUGAAGAAAGUGGUUCAUCCGAAGAUAGUGCUGAAUCUGAAGGUGAUGAAGAAAUGGAUUAA